GACCCUUGGAUCUUAAACGCAACUAUACUGUGGCGCUGCUGGCUGCCUCUCAUGGUUUGAAGACGCACGCAACUCAGUUCUCACACAUGGAAUCGUAGAUCGUCUUGUGAAGCCCAGCGCGCGUGUGUGUGUGUGUGUGUGUGGAACUGCCGGCUGCUUUGCACGCAAACCAAAACACUUCUUCACAUUCGGUCUGUCCAUCGCUGACGGGCUUGUGCGUUUGUUACUCUUGUGCUCAAUAUUUCCCCCCCCCCAAAUAAUUAAUUUUCCUCCGACUAUUUUUCGCAUGUGAGAUUGUUAUUUUCGCCCCGUUCGGAGCUAAGGAGGACUAUCCAAGGCUUUCAUUGAAAUCUCCACAUUUUAAGAAGCAACAAUGGAGAAAAUGUCAAGACAUCUCCCCGUGAGUUUUUUACCUUCAGCGACACACGGCGUCCUCAAAUCCCUGUUGGAAAACCCGAUGAAGCUGCCUCUCCACCAUGAAGUGUACAGCAAGGAGCAGGAGAAGGAGAAGAGCCUGGAAGAGGAGAGGAACGCACCCCAGUCUGCGUUCCUGGGGCCCACCCUCUGGGACAAGACCCUCCCGUACGACGGCAACAACUUCCAGCUGGAGUACAUGGACCUGGAGGAGUUCCUGUCGGAGAACGGCAUCUCCUCCAGUCCCACCCAGAACCCCCUCCGCCACCCCCACCCCCAGCACCAGCUCCACCCCCACCCCCACCUCCACGACCAGCACCCGCCACAGGCCCCGCCCCCCCCGCCCCAUCGCCAGCCGGCCGUCCAGAUGACCCCCGCCACCCCGGUCACGCCGUCGCCCUCGGUGAUGGACCUCAGCACCCACGCGGCUGUCACCGCCCCGCAUCCGUCCGCCAUGGUGUCGCCCACCUGCAUGCACAGCAGUCCCGUCAGAGCAGGUCUCCCCAACUCCAGAAACACACCGAGCCCCAUCGACCCAGACUCCAUCCAGGUGCCGGUGGGCUACGAGCCCGACCCGGCCGACCUGGUGCUGUCCAGCGUCCCGGGACAGGAGAUGUUCGACCCCCGCAAGCGCAAGUUCUCCUCUGAGGAGCUGAAGCCCCAGCCCAUGAUCAAGAAGGCCCGCAAGGUCUUCAUCCCCGAGGACUGCAAGGAUGACAAGUACUGGGCCCGGCGCCGGAAGAACAAUGUGGCGGCCAAGCGGUCCCGGGACGCGCGGCGGCUGAAGGAGAACCAGAUCGCCAUCCGGGCGGGCUUCCUGGAGAAGGAGAACAACGCGCUGCGGCAGGAGGUGGCGGAGCUGAGGAAGGAGCUGGGCCGCACCAAGAACGUCCUCACCAAGUACGAGGCGCGGCACGGGGCCCUGUGAGGCCGGGCAGGGGCUGAGACCACACACACACACACACAGGCAUAUACACACACACACACACGUGUACGCAGACACACACAUACAAGCAGACACACACAUAUAAGCAAACACACACACACACACACACACACACACUGCUGUACACACAUACACGCACACACAAGAACCCCAAACAUGCACUCAGAGACAGACAUCCCCCCCCCCCCCCCCCCCACACCACCCACCCACCUACCAGCCAAAUCUAAGCAAGACAAACAUCCAAACACACAUGCACACACAACCACACACACCCACACAAUUCCAACGACAUGGACACAGCAAGCCAAUCAUCACAAUCACAAACACACACGCACACACGCACACACACACACCACCCGCUUCUUCUGAACUCUCCUCGCAGACUCUUGUAUGGUAACCAUAGCGACUCCGGGAUUACUACACUGCCACUCAUUAACCCCGCCCCGCCCACUCACCUUCAACUGCCCCUGCCCCCGGAGGUGUGAGGAGGACACUAGUUGAUUCACCGCUGCAUCCCCCCCGGCCCCGUCCAGCGCCAUGGUUACACCACUCAGCAUCAUCCGCUCUCGGAACGAAAAAGAAAAAUCGGUGAUAACAACAAUCGCAUAAUCAUUUUUAUUCCUGUUGACACUUGUUAGCAAUGAAUUACACAGACUGUGUUGUAACUUUCGUUUAUCUGUCUCAUUCAUUUUUUUCUCCUGAAAACAAAAUGUCUUUCAGUGAUUUUCCUACAGUGGUCGAGUGGUCAUUGAAUAUGUGUCUUUCUCACCUGGCUAGGUUUCUUGUAGUGCUUGUUGCCAUGGUAACAGACGUUGUAAACAGGGUAGUGUAAAGAUAAACCAAGGGCAAUGGACUCCUGGUGGAUUUCUAAUUAUUGUUAUUUUGGAACGGUACAAAUAUUUGAUACACUUUGAUACACACACACAACAGCUGGACGUCUGCCUACCGUUGUCCUAAAGAUGGCAUCCAAGGGCCACAAUAUGAACCUGGGUGAAGGGUAUGUCCUAUACUAAAUGAGGUCAAUUCAUAAUAUAGGUGUUGUGUUUGUGGCUCUGCGUCAGGCUCAGUUUUGAUGAAUAUGAAGUUUUCCCCCCUUUGUUUUUUUUUUUACAAUCAUACAGCUCCCUGCUGUAUGAUUGUAAAGUCAUCUAACACAAGGUUUUUUUUGUUUCUUCUUCUCAUACGUAUGCUACUGUAGAGCGUUUCCCUCAACGCCACAACAACUUGUUGAAGUAUAUUGACCUACCCUCUUCUAAAUUCCAAAAAAGAGUUUGAUUUUUCUGCUGUAUUUUGUGAUGAAACCGCAUGUUACGUCAUCAACCCUUUCAUACCCUUAAAUCCUGCUCUUGUGUUGAUCUUACUCCUAACAUAGUUAACCACAAAGCUAAGCAGUGCCACUAAUGGCUCCCAGAAACACAUGGGGAAAUAAAUUCAUGCACGCUUAUUAAGUAGUUUUUAUUGUUCAAGGUUAGUUUUUAUUGCUUGGUUAUCCUGUUGGUUUAGUUAGGGUGUGGUUCUACUUGAUAACAUGAGCAGAGAUGAUUUUGUCUCUAUUAAUGCCAGACCUGAUGGAUGCAUGUUGAAAGAGGUGUGUCAAUGAUGUGACCACUGUUAGUCAUGCAUUCUUCAGUUGCUAUGGUAAUAACAUGAAUGUAUGAAAAGGCAAAAGUUAGGUGGUUCGGAAACAAUAUACUGUAUGUUUUUGUUCUGUCUAUCCUUUAAAAGCAAUAACUUUAUGUAACGUUGGCUACAUUCCUUUGCCGACUAAAAAUGCUGAUUCACCAACAACUGUCCCACAAUCGCAUGUGUUUCUGUUCAUUCCCCAAAUAUAUCAAAGGUUUUAUUGCAUGAAAAGACAUCGAGCAAAUCUUUAUUUUUUAUGCGUCGCUGUUUCAUCGGAUUAAAAAAAAAAAGUACCAAGAAUCGAAGUACCAUAAUCAAGUAAUGGUUGGUUCUCCUGUACAUUCUAGAUAUGGAUUUAUUUAUCCCGGCGUUGACAGAUAAGAUUAGCAACCUGUAAUAUGCUGCCAUGGUGUGUUUUAUUUGGUUCAAUGUCAAUUUCCUUUUCUUUGGUGCAAUAGAUGCUUCUCUUGGGUUUCUGCCUGCUUGUCAUGUCCAAUUUCCACACAGAUGAGGUUGCCCCCUGGUGGCGUCAGAGAGAUGAAUGUAUUUCGGAUGUACACAGUUGGUUUAGUUGACUAUUGAUGUCUUAUACUCUGGAGUAGCUAAUCACUUCAAUGCUCUUUAUUACAGACCAAAAAAUCUAUAAAUACAAAAUAGAGGAUAUAAUGAUAUUAAAGGUUAUAAUGUUUAUACAGAGAUAAUAUUGUUUCUUUUUGUACAGUCUGUUUAUAUAUUUCCUGUGUAUUUUGGCAACGGCUAUAUAAAUCGAUAUAUAUUUCUGUAUCAAUAUAUUUAUAUAUUAUAUUCUUCAGAGAGCUAUAUUAUUACCGAUAUGCCAAGCCUGGGCUUUUCAAGCCCUUAAAACAGGCUUGUAUUUUUUCGCGUGACUCGACAUGACUUGACAGAAAGUGGAAGGUUAAAUCCCAAAUUCUUUCUAAUCAUUGUCCUGCUAAGUUUAAAAUACCAGAACCUGAUUAUUCUUUCUCCUUUAUACUCCAUACGAUUUUCACAGCCGAAGUUUUGCUGUUUUGGUCUGGACCUGAAACCCAAGGCAUAUCUGUUUAUUUGUGAUUGUUGUAACUGCUUUUGCAAGUUAGUCUUUUUUCUUUUGAAAAAGGAUUGGCGCGCUUUAGUGUCGACGCUACUUUUAUGUAGGCUAUAGUGUCAUGGCUGUUCAUGGCCCAGAGGAAUGUAUUCACCCAACGUAAAACACUUAGGCCUACUUCUUAUUUUCUUUCUUUCAUUUUUUUUCUCAGAUGAGUUCUGUGAUUGUGACCAGUUGUUACGUUUUCUCAGGCAUCCUUCAGUGUCUAGUCCGAGGUUUGAGAAGGCCUGUUCUGUUUGAUUCUGUGUUUCCGAUAUUUUUCAUUGUCCUCUAUUGUGUUUUAUCAUGAGUUCAUCAAAAUAUGAAAAAAAAAAAUAAAACUGGGAAAAUUCA